CGCCUCCCAGCCCCCCUACAACUUCAUCAAUCCAUCACUCCUGCAAUCCUCCUCCCAGCAAUCAAAUUAACACCAAGCUAGGCAAAGUCGCACUUACAAGCUCCUUCGGUUCAUAUUCUUAAUUUACUAAAAAUUAAUGGCGUCGAUCAUGACCAAGCUCGUAUGUUCGGCCCUGAUCGUGUUGUUCUUGCUUUCCAGGAGCAACGCCAGCUCGGUCAACACCUCAGUCGAGUUCAGCAUCGACAACUACGGCGCCCGUGGCGACGGGAAGCACGACGACACGGAGGCACUGGCCAAGGCAUGGACCGCCGCCUGCUCCUCUUCACGCCCCGCCGUCCUGCUCGUUCCCAAGGGCAAGACCUACCUGCUCAAGUCCAUCACUCUCUCUGGCCCAUGCAAAUCAAACCUCGUCUUCAUGGUGAAGGGUACUCUGGCUGCUCCCCGGAGCCUGUCGGACUGGAGCGAGGAAAACAGGAGGCACUGGAUCGUGCUCCAUGGGAUCAAUGGCCUUACAGUCACCGGUGGUGGCACCAUCAAUGGCAACGGCGAGCUCUGGUGGAAGAACUCGUGCAAGACCAACAAGGCUCGGCCAUGCAAGCAGGCUCCCACGGCUCUCACAUUUCACCUGUGCAGCAAUUUGACGGUCGAGAACCUGAAAAUCGUCAACAGCCAACAGAUCAAUAUGUCUGUCGAGGACUGCAGCGACGUGCAAUUGGCCCGUCUCUCCAUCACGGCACCUGGCACGAGCCCAAACACCGAUGGCAUCCACAUCACCCGCAGCAAAGAUGUGCAAGUGAGAGAUUGUGUCAUCAGGACCGGGGAUGACUGCAUGUCGAUCGAAGAUGGAACUCAUAAUCUUCAUGUCACGAAAGUUGUGUGUGGUCCGGGCCACGGAAUCAGCAUCGGAAGCUUAGGAGAUGAUAACUCCAGAGCCGAGGUUUCUGGUAUUUACAUCGACACGGUACAGUUAUAUGGCACGACCAACGGAGCCCGCAUCAAGACAUAUCAAGGAGGAAGCGGAUACGCUAAGGAUAUCGUAUUCCAGAACAUCAUCAUGGACAACGUGCAAAACCCAAUUAUUAUUGACCAGAACUACUGCGACUCGGCUAAACCAUGCAAGAACCAAGAGUCGGCGGUGGAGAUUAGCAACGUGGUCUUCAAGAACAUCAGGGGGACAACCAUGUCCAAAGACGCCAUCAAGUUGGACUGCAGCAAUAGUGACUCCUGCACCGACAUUGUCUUGGAGAACAUCGACCUGAAAAUGGAGGGUGGCAAUGGUGAGACACAAAGCACCUGCCAGAACGCAAAAUGGAGGAAAUCAGGAAAUGUCACUCCACAACCUUGUGAAUUCAAGAACUAAAGAGGAUAGUUGGAUUUUGAACAGUUUUGUAACAUGUAAAAAGAUUGUAUAUAAAUCCAGAUAGUCUGAGCCAUGCCUGCAUAUAUAUAGAGUUCAUUCUUUUUCUAUUAGAAAUGUGCAAUAUAUAUGUAUUUACCUGGUGCAAUUAACAAUUUAUUUGAAGUCA